AUCUUCAUACUCCCAAUUCCUGGAAUGGUACGAAUUAAUUAUUAAUAUUACAGUAGUACUAGUAGAAUAACCUUAGGACCUUAUUACUCGUACUCUUGGUAUGAUUAAUAACAAGGAGUAGUAAAAUACUUUUCUUCUCCUAUGAUAGGUGCAUGACAAGGACAUGAAAGUACGAUCCUGAACUGGAGCAUUGUCAAACAUGAACAUAAAAUAGGUUGAAUUGAAUUGAGGUACUGUAAAUCAACUAAUUAUAAAGAGUUAUGAAAUUCAACAGCACUCGCGGCGGAGUGGUCGGUCAGUCCUUUGAAGAGGCGAUUUUGUCAGGGUAUGCCGAAGAUGGCGGAAUCUUACUUCCCGAAUCAAUCCCACGUGUUUCUCGAGAAAUUUUGGUCAGCUGGAAGUCCUUGUCAUAUGUGGAUCUGUGCAAAGAAAUUCUGCCACUUUUCAUUCCUGAGUCGGAGAUUACCAGAGAUGAGAUCAAUGGCAUUGUUGACAAGAGCUUCACCGACUUUGAGAAUGGGGAAGUGGUGAGAUUGGCAGAGCUUGGUGAUACUCGAUUGUGCAUUGGAGAGGUUUUCCAUGGCCCCACUGGUGCUUUUAAAGACUUAGCACUCAGUGUUUUGGGCCGAUGUGUUGACCUUGUGUUGUCACGGCGACGACGCAAGGUCACCAUUCUGGUGGGUACAUCCGGUGAUACUGGCAGUGCAGCUAUCCGUAGUGUGUGCGGUUCACCCUGGGCCAAUAUCAUUGUGCUCUAUCCCGACGGAAUGGUCUCUGAGAUUCAGCGUCUUCAAAUGACCACAGUGGAUGCACCCAAUGUACAUGUGUAUGCCGUGGAGGGUACAUCUGAUGACCUGGAUGUACCAAUACGUAACGUAUUCCGUGACUUGGCGCUGGUCAAUGAGUAUGGUCUGUGUAGUAUCAACAGCAUCAACGUUGGCCGUGUUCUCUUCCAGUGUGUGCACUACAUCUACUUCUACUUGAAAGUAUGCGGUGAUGACCUGGAGCGUCGACUGCCUGUGUACAUACCAACUGGAGCUGCUGGGCACAUCACUGCAGGCUGCAUUGCUCGACGUCUGACCGGUUUGGACAUACAACUAAUUGCCUGCGUCAAUGAGAAUGACAUCAUGCACCGGUGGCUGGAGACGGGUGUGUUUCAAGUUAGCAGUGCGGUCAUGCCGACCUCUAGCAAUGCCAUGGACAUCCAGGUACCGUACAACAUCGAGCGCUUACUCUUCUAUCUGAGUGAUGGUGACUGUGCUCUGGUCAAGAGUCUUAUGGAUGAUCUGGAUAAGAAGGGCUUGUUCGUCACACCGCCUGCACUGCGAGAGAGAGCAUCUCUAUUUAUGACAAGUCGACGGGUCACCGAAGCCGAGAGGAUGAGCACCAUGAAGGAAGUCAGUGAUCGCCAUUCAUAUGUCCUAUGUCCUCACUCGGCAAUCGCAGUGAAGGCAGCAUUGGACGACCGUGAAGGCGAAGGGUGUGAUCUUUCUGAGUCCCACACUUGCGUGUGCUUGGCAACGGCCACACCAGCAAAGUUUAUGUCAGCUGUGCGGAAAGCUGAAGUCACAGUACAUGUUCAGCAACCAGACUCCUGGAGCCACCUGAAAGAUUCCAAGGAGCGCGACAAGCGUAUGCGAAAAGGAGAAGACUGGGAGGCCAUGCUCCGUGAAGCGAUUAAAAAGUCACACGGCAGCACGGACUUGUAAUAGAUGCCAAUGUACAACAAGUACCUGUUCAUGCCUCCACACAGCUACUCAGUUAUGAUCUGCUGCUGCUGCUGCUGCUGCAUAUUCACAGGAACCGUUCAGUGUUUACACUCACUGUACGCCUUAUAUGGUGAGCUGUACUGGAUAAGAGUUGCUCGAUUUACGUGUGGCUCUGCAAUGUAUUGGCUUUGACUGCAGAGCCUUGUAAGUAUGGUGGCUUGGUGCAAUGUUUUAUAAAACGUAAACAUUGGGAGAAUUUGUGCUUAACACCCAGGAGCCAAGGAGUUCGUUAUAAUAUGACUGGACACAUUGCAUUAGGUUUUUAUUCGAAUGCUUAUUCAUGCUCUGUAGACAUAAUAUUAUGUUCACUGUAUCAAGAGGCUAUGGGAGUAUGGUGACCAACGUGUAGGUGACUGUUUUGUUUUUGUUUUUCCGUAUCGCUGCUGUUUUCCUAUAUGCUUGUUUUAACAUGAUCAGUGUUUAGAUACUGGUCAGGUCUUAGUCUGUUGCCACGGUUAUCGCACUGCCAAGCACAUUUUAGCACUCGCUUCUCUUGCAAAACGAUAUCAUUAUUUUCUAUUUUCCACUCUAGGUAGGAAUGCAGUCGCUACUGCUUGCAAAUGUAGUGAUUGCCACCAAGUGUAUGCGCCAUCACAAUAUUAUAAUUAUACACCAAAAAAAGUUGAUCUACCAAACAAACAAUAAGAGGAUGGAAAAAGUGUUUUUGUGUUUCACGCACUAUUAAAGGGGCUGGGGCCGUCCGUGAAUAUCGAACUUUUUUCACCAAACGAAUUAU